CUUCGAAAGGCCUGUGGCGAACGGCGAGGCACCAGAACUAACGCCUCCAUGCUCGUUAGCGGAGCAACGUGAGUGGAACGUACGCGCAUAUUCCCAGUUCUCUCGCCUCAGCGUAAAGUGAACCACUCACGGAAAAAGUUGAUCGGUUCCGACCAUUCUCCGCUUUCCCUGCCGUCUCGCCCAAAUCUUGGGGCGUUCGCUACGGAAGAAGAAAUGGGGGACUACGUCCCACUGAGCCCAGGCCCCGAGGAAGCGGAAGCCUCGAGGAAGGAAGGAAGGAGAGCCGGAGGCACUCGCGUCGCCUCUCUCGACGUCUUCCGAGAAUGAUGUGCCGAUUGAAGAACAACAAGAUAUUCUUGAAGUUUUAGUAAAUAGCUUGAUUGGUUCCUUCCUUCCUUCCUGGCAACUGAUAACUUCUAUCUGAUGAUAUUUGUUGAUUAUGCUGGUUCUGUACUGCCAUUUGUUGCUCAUGCUCCUUGGGUUGGUGUACGCCUUGCGGACUUUGUGAUGCCAUUUUUUCUUUUCAUCGCUGGUAUUUCUGUUUCAAUUGUCUACAAGAACAAAUCCAGAAAACUUCAAUUAACAUGGAAGGCAAUGAUAAAGGCAGUUAAACUCUUCAUUGUCGGUAUUUUUCUCCAAGGUGGUUACUUUCAUGGAAUAAAUUCGCUGACUUUUGGUGUUGAUAUUCAGAAAAUUCGUCUGUUUGGUGUUCUACAGAGGAUAGCUAUUGGGUACAUUGUUGCUGCUUUAUGUGAAAUAUGGUUUUCGAGCAACCGAACUAUGAACGUUGAACGUGGAAUGUUUAAGAAUUAUCAAUAUCAGUGGAUCAUAGUGGUUUUACUAUCUGGUAUAUACUUGGGGCUGUUGUAUGGUGCAUAUGUUCCAGAUUGGCAGUUUGAAAUGCAAGAAAUAUCAUUAAAUUCUUCCCUGCCAACUAGUUACACCAUUGAGACGGUUAAAUGUGAAAUAAGAGGUGAUCUUGGACCAGCAUGUAAUGCGGCUGGAAUGAUUGACCGCAAUGUCCUUGGCAUCAAACACCUGCAUAAAACACCUGUAUAUAGACAUUUGAAGGAAUGUAUGACUCCGAAGGAUGGUAAUGGAGUGAAUACUUACCCACCCUGGUGCCAUGCACCCUUUGAUCCGGAAGGCAUCUUAAGCUCAUUAACUGCUGUUGUGACUUGCAUAUUUGGGCUUCAUUUUGGUCAUAUUCUUGUUCUUUUGGAGGAUCACAAGGAUCGACUAACAAAAUGGCUACUGUUUUCACUUUCAGUUUUCACACUUGGGCUAUUUCUUGCAUUUAUAGGAGUUCCUCUGAACAAAUCACUAUAUACAAUCAGUUACAUGUUACUUACAACGGGUGUCGCUGGAUUUGUAUUAUGUGCUCUAUACGUACUGGUGGACGUUUAUGGAUAUAGGUGUCCUACUUUUGUGUUUGAGUGGAUGGGAAGGCAUUCUCUUUGCAUCUUUGUUCUUGUGGCCUCGAACAUAGCUGUCAUCGCACUACAAGGGUUUUACUGGAGAAACCCUAAAAACAACAUUGUCCAUUGGAUAACUUCACUCGUGCGAUAGUAUAGAAGGAUUGCUGACAUGGAGACCCAACACUCGGUCUCCAAGCUGAUUACUGGAAGUCCGUAAUAUUAACAUCAGUAUCUUGUAAUGUUCGUGUGUUUUGGCCAUGUAAGGAGGGAUCUACUAACAUAUUUGCAUUGUCCUCCUCGACAAGAAUAUAUAACAACAAUAGAUAGAUCGAUCCAACUAAGUGGGCAAUCUCAUUGGGACCAAGAUUCAAGGACUCAAAUGUGUAGUAAAUCGAAAUACGUACUCCGUUCUAUUCUAGCUGUUAUUGGGUUUCUUGA